AUGAUGGCCUCGAAGUGGUGGCAAGCACCAGAUGACGCCGACCUCGACUAUGGAUAUGAUUCUGACGAGCUUUAUACCAGUCCCGAUUUUGAUCGCAACACCCAACCUGACGAUACGACCGAUAUAAAGAAGGCAGAAGAUACAGAAAAGAAGGGCUUGAUUGGCACCAUGACUUAUUGGCUUCAGCGCCAGGCUGGAUCGUCUCACGGUCAGCUUGCGACCACUGCCGUUUUAUCCGGCGCAGCUGUCGCAGGUGCUAUAUUUGGAUACCAGUCAUACAAGCGGAAAGAAGCAGUAUAUAAUCUGAAAGCUUCGAUCCCAAGCAUCGACGACUCCCACCCAGCUGGCAAACUCACCGAGUAUGGUGCCGCUGAAAGUGCGGUCCAGCUCAGCAAAGAGGAUGAGCGCAGUGCAGCUUUGGCUCGCAGAGCGCAGCGCGGUGACUAUGACGAUGACCUGAUUCUUGAACAACUUGCUCGGAACCGUGUUUUCCUCGGCGACGAAGGUCUCGCUAAACUCCGAUCAUCCUUCAUCGUCGUCGUCGGUUGUGGUGGAGUCGGCUCGCAUGCUGCAGCUUCCUUAGCCCGCUCAGGUGUCUCGAAGAUCCGACUCAUUGAUUUCGACCAAGUUACCCUCUCAUCGUUGAACCGCCAUGCACUUGCAACUCUGGCCGAUGUGGGAACCUCGAAGGUUCAUUGCAUCAGGAGGCGAUUGGAACAAAUUGCACCCUGGGUCACAUUCGAUUGCCGCAAUGAGCUUUACGGAAAGAGCGCUUCUGAGGAUCUUCUCGGCCCAUGGUCCCUGACACACGAUGGCGAGGGCCGUCGACCUGACUUCGUCCUGGAUUGCAUUGAUAACAUCGGCUCGAAGGUGGAGUUGUUAGAAUACUGCCAUUCGAACUCUUUACCUGUGAUUGCUUCCAUGGGCGCUGGAUGCAAGUCGGACCCCACCCGCGUUGUGGUGGGUGACAUCUCACUAACCACAGAUGAUCCUCUGUCCCGAAGCACCCGCCGGAAGCUCAAGUUGAAGGGAAUCAGCUCUGGUGUCGCAGCGGUGUUCUCGACUGAAAAGCCUGGCCCAGGCAAAGCAAGCCUACUCCCUCUACCAGAGGAUGAGUUCAACAAGGGUCAGAUUGGUGAGCUGAGUGUUCUUCCGGACUUCCGCUCUCGCAUUCUCCCUGUCCUGGGAACCAUGCCUGCUGUGUUUGGCUACACUGUCGCCAACCACGUUAUUUGCACUAUCACUGGGUACCCUCUUGACUAUAACAUGGGUGCCAAAGGCCGCGAGAAGCUAUACGAUAGUAUUCUGGGUAGUCUGUUGACCUUGCAGGAGCGGAUGAUCAAGCAAACAACUGGCCAAGACACAGUCGGCCUUCGUCCUCCUCUCAGCAAGGAUGAUGUCGCCUUCAUUGUAGAAGAAGUCUUCCGCGGAAAGAGUGUAGUCAGCGGGCUGGCCAACAGGCUGGCCCUUGUGCCCUGGCAGGUUCCUGCCAAGGGAUGGGAACUGGAUCUGACCUUCGCAAAGGAGGGCCAAAAGAGUACGCCCAUGUACCUUAAUGACAUGGUCUGCAUGACAAAGGAGGAGGCUGUCCGCCAUGAGAAUGAGGUACUCAAGGAAGGCAAGAGGGUGGAAGAUGUCUACGAUGAGACCGUUCUCCAGCGUGUUAAUCUGCGGAGAAAAGAGGCUCUGGAAUAUGACCAAUACCGGGGAUAA